AUGGACGAUGAGUGUUUGGUUACCCAUGUUAUAUUUUUGGCUGUUACCCAGAGAAGUCAAAAUCAAAAGACAAUUCUGUCCAUCCCAAAUAAAAUUUAUUCAACUAUGAAUAUUAUGACAACUACUACUUAUGCUAAUAAAACUGAUGAUAUUAUCGAUACUACUACUACUACUACUACUACUACCGCUGAUGAUGGCGAUAAUGAAACUGCAACUAGAAAUCCAGUUCAGAGUAUGUUUGUUUGUUUGUUAUUCUUCUUCAGGUUACUUUGUUUCUAUCGGGAAUAA